CCCCAUGCAAACCUAUGCCAGUGUACUGUCCAGCACCCCCUGGCUGGUAUGUGCACCACAUUGUUACAGACAAUCCCAUGCCACCUCCUAUUAUUACAGGUUCAGAAGUUCCCAUAGUAACAAUUCAACCAACCCCUGCAAUGCAAGAUACUAAGGCACCAAAAGAGAAGGUUAAAGUGAUCACUUCAAAGAAAGAGGCUGAAGUUUCCAAAGAGAAAACCAAGCAAGCAUCUGUAAAGAAAGUUCCUCUGCUGGAGGCUACAAAAGACAAACUGGAGCCAGGCGCCAUAAAGAAAGAGGCUGUAGUUUCCAAAGAGGAGACCAAGCAAGCACCUGUAAAGAAAGUCCCUGUGCUGGAGGCUCUGGAAGAAGAACUCAAGCCCGCUGCCAUAAAGAAAGAGCCCGAGGUUGCCAAGGAGAAGGUCAUGACCGCCCCAGUCAAAGAAGAGCCCGGGGCUUCUGAAGAGCAACCCGAGCCAACAGCCAUAAAGAAAGAAAAUGAAACUGCGGAGAAAAAAGAAGACAAAAUAACCGAGGCUAAACCUCCCUCAGCUGAUGGCAAAGCAAAAAUUACCCAUGCACCAAAGAUAUUACAGCGUGUUAAAUCUCACAGAGCAAAACCCAAAACUACAGCGGACGCAGGUAAACCUGCUGAGGCAGACAAAUCUGCUGACAAGGACACACAAGAAAAUGACCUGAAGCCCCCGGCACCAGGAAACAAUGUGACUGCCAGCAUGGACGCAGAGAAGAAAGGGCCUGGGAAAAAGAUGCCAUACAUGCAAUGCGUACUGGUGCGUGGGAAAAAGGGCCAGCUCCCCUUUUCCGCCUUCCCAAUUAUACCCCCCGUGAGUCCGGGAGAAAGACCCCCAAUGAUGGACUCCAAACCCAGACCCCCAGGGAACUAGAACACCAGGACGGCCCCCAUCUUGCGUCAGCUUGAUUUUCUUUGCACUGUAGGCCACGCCAGCAGUGGGGCGAUUUGUUUCCUCUAUUGUGACCUAGCUGGAAUGCUGGAAUACUACAAGGUCUUCACUGCAAACACAGGUCAAUCAGGGACUGAAGGAAAAGACCGACGGUUUUUACUUAUUUAUUUAUUUUGAACAUUUUCCAGGACAGGUUGAGCUGCCGUGGAUUUCAGAGUCUGUAAACCCCAUUCCUUUGCACAUGGCUUUUGCGUUGCGUUUGGUGGUGUCAAGUUCUAUGCUAAGUUUCUGUGUUGUUUUAAUAAUACAGUCAUUGCGGGGAGCGAAAGAUUUAACAUACCUAAUAAAGUCAAUAGGUGCAAUAGGUGUUACCAUAUACAGUCAAUCAAUUAACUUCUUAUUCAGUGAAAGCCUGUCAACAUAUAUACAUAUGUGUUAAGUAAAAAUGUAAUAACCUACUAUCACAGUUCAUUAAACAUAGCCAUUUUUACUUGUACUUAAAUAUGUGCAAUAUCAGAUUUUCUCUAACUUCUGAAAACACAUUUUUACCAAGUUAACAGCAAACACUUUUGCUCAGGUAAUUUAUUUAUAGUUACACAUUUAUUUAUUUGUUAUUGUAAAUUCUAAAAUAUAAAAAGUAGGUGGAGUGUCAGUUAUGUACAAUACACAUAGUGGAAUGCACCACAAAUAGAAUUAUACAUUUGUGUGUUUGUGUUUUGUCUUGUUUUUGCGACUGUAUUGGCGAAUCGUCCACUUGCCUGCUUUAUGUAGCUAUGUAUUAGCAAUCACAAAAUCCAUUUUUUAGGAUCACUUCAAAUAUAUUUUGGCAAAUUUUUCCAAAACUACUGUUAGUUUCAGACAGUCUUGGUUACUGUUGCUGUGGACAAUAAAAUAGACCCCAGUGGAAUGUUUUCACAUUUUUGUUAUUGAAGUAUUUUCCCAUUACAUGUUUAUCUACAAACGAUAGCAAGGUGUAAAAAUCAUUUUGGAUUUUGGCAGUUGGAAAACAUAUUAAUUAUCUAUUAAUCUACAAAUAUUUAUUUAUGGAACCCCAGUUUAUUUCUUAGUCUGAUUUUUUAGUAAAAACAGAUGACUUUUCUGAUUCCAAAGGAAAAUGUCUGCUUGAACGGUGAUGUGUCUACUUGUCCUGCACAUCUCAAUAAGCCUUUAUGACAGGAUUUAAGGAAAAUCUACCUUCAUGACUUGAACAAAUAGUACAAUGUGUUAUGCAUUGCAAAUGAAAUGGCGUUGACCAUUUUCCUUUUUUCCCUUUUUAUCCAGCUAAUGAUUUUUGCUGAGCUUUCCUUUGUUCCUCUGUUUUGCGCAAGUAUAUCCACCUUACAGUCCUCAGAAAGCUCCUCGCUGCUUUGCGUUUGUGUCUUUCUGUGUAUGAGUGUAAAGGAAUGAGCGGAAAGAGAGAGGGAGUGGGGACUCUGCUAAUCCACGAGGUCUCCCGCCAAUGACUAGAGCUAGCUACCUCUUUCUGUGCUGUGUGCAAGCAACGUUAGCGCAGCCGCAGAAGAGGGGGGCGGAGCCAAAGUGUGCUUUCACACUCUUAACGACCAACAAUGACUCUGACAAGGCUGUGUGCCCUGUAGAUGUUGUGCAACUGGUGAUGGUGAUGUUUCCACAAUCUCCCGGUCACGUCUGACAACAUUUCACACACAGCUCUUUCAACGUGCUCCUCAUUUUGACGAUGGUGCUGUUUCUAUGCUUUUAACACAUUCUGUGUAUUCAAAAUGAGGUUGAUGUGGAGAAUUUUGUAUUAUAAACUACCUGCUGCACUGAAACUCUUUAGUAAUUGAUCGUUCAGUGGGACUAUGAAAAAGGAUUGUGGAGGAGUAUAAUUUAUGUUAAUCUUUCAUAAGAAUCAGUUUAUGAAUCUGUUCAGUCACUGAUUAAAAUUGGACAAUACAGUAAAUAACACUGAUACCACUGUAAAAAAUGUUUUCCGGUGUAAGCCUGACUUAUGAUAAUUAUGACUUAAUUAUGGUUGUAAUUAUGUGGCGUUUCUU